UGAAGCAGAAUAUUUUGCCUCAAAUCUGUGAUUAUUUAACAGCUGUGUGUGAUUUUGAAGAGGGAUUUAAGGAAACCAAAUAUAAUGAGACAGCACAGCAGAGUGAAAGAGUCAAAAUAAACUGAGUGUGUCAGUGCUUAGUGUGCGUUUGUUGGUUACUGCCUUUUAACUGCACUAAGAGAGCAAGAGAGAGAGAGAGAGACAGAAAAUUUGCUUAUCUCUGCAUUCUGAGCUUUUUCAGAAGCAUUCCUCUAUUUGCCUCUUUGGUUGUUAAUUUAUGAUGAUAUGGCUCUUUGAAUGGAAAACAAAGUUCUGGGUUUUGUAAAAGAGAGAAAGUGGAAUGAGCAGGUGUUGAAAAGAUUUGUGCUUGAAGCACUUGCAUACCGUUUAUCUCCUGCUGUUUGAUGGUGACAAGAUAAAAACUAUGGACAUUUCAGAGUACACAAGGAUUGUUUUUGAUAAACUUCAUAGAUUUGAGCCAGAGCAUGCCACAAAGAUCAUUGGCUACCUCCUUCUGCAAGACCAUGUUGAUCAAGAGAUGGUUAAACUGGCUUCAUUCCCAGACCAUUUGAUCCGCGAAGUCGCGCUCAAGGCGAAAACCGAGCUUCAAAAAUUGGUGGCUAAAUCAAACAUUCACCCAAUUUCACUCAACCCAAUUUCCCCCAGCACUUCCACUUCAACACAAAGCUUCCAGAAUGCAGAAUUUAUUUCAAUGGGUUACUGGGAUUCUAUGCCAGAACUUCAAAAGCAAGCCCCAAUGUUCAGUUUGGAGAAUCAUGCAGACACUAUAACUACUGGGGGUGCUAAAAUUGCUAAUGAGUACUAUGGCUUAGAGGCAUCACCUGGCAAUGUAAGUGGAAAUGCUGGUAGAAGGUUUCCAAAUGUGUCAGAAUUUCAAGUCAAGACCUGUCACUAUUUCAACAAAGGAUAUUGCAGGCAUGGGAAUAGCUGCAGAUACUACCAUGGACAAGUUGUGCCUGAGAUAUUCUCUCUGAUGCAUGGAAAUGAUGGUUUUAACGACAAUCAGGCGAUUUCACCGGGUUCACUAGCGCAGUUAGAGUCGGAAAUUGUUGAGCUCCUGAAACAAAGAGGCAAUCCUAUUUCAAUCGCUUCACUUCCAAUGGCAUACUAUGAUAAGUAUAAGAAGGUACUGCAGGCAGAAGGGUACCUAACUGAGAGCCAGAGACACGGUAAGUCUGGCUACAGUUUAACGAAGCUUCUCAUCCGAUUGAACAAUAGUAUUCGCGUAAUUGACAGCAGGCCUCAUGGUCAGCAUGCUGUGGUUCUGGCAGAAGAUGCUCCGAAAUCCCGGGGAAAGGUAGAGUUUGGUCAUAAUAUUAGUGCAUUAAGACAAAUAUACCUGACAUUUCCAGCUGAUAGCACUUUCACUGAGGAGGAUGUCUCAAACUACUUCAGCACUUUUGGGUGUGUUGAAGAUGUAAGGAUUCCUUGCCAGCAGAGAAGGAUGUUUGGAUUUGUCACAUUUGUUGAUCCAGAAACUGUUAAGAUGAUUUUGGAUAAGGCAACUCCGCAUUAUGUUCGUGGAUCUCGGGUUCUUGUGAAACCUUACAAGGAGAAGCCAAAACUUUUGGACAGGAAGUACCCAGAUAGAAUCGAGCAUCCUGAUUGUUAUUCCCCACACUAUUACAGCGACACCGAAUUUAUCUCAAUUCCGAGAAGUUGCAGAAACCCUCGAUCGCUGAGGAGGCUGCUCGUUGAAGAGCAAGAGCAGGCCCUUGAAUUUCAGAGGAGGCAUCUUGCAGCGCUGCAACUGACCCAAAAAUCUUUGUCCAUCAACAUGGAUGGGUUAAAAGUUUCAGAUGAUCAUUUCAAUGUCCAUCUUGCAGAAUCUUUCAGUCAUGAGUCAAACAACAAACCUGGCUAUACAAAUGCCAAUUACACUGAUGAGGACAGCAGUCAAGUAUUGAAUCUUCCAGACAGUCCCUUUUCAUUUCCAGUAGAUAGUGGAAUUUCAGCAGUCAUGUAGCUUCGCUUCAGAAACACUCAGAGAUAUAGAGUUACAGUAGCUCAAGACCAAAGGAAAAUUUUCUAGUUUCAUAUAAACAGUAACACAGUCCUUUCUGUUGAUUGAUCUCUUUUCUCAACUAGCGCAUCGGUUUAGUCAAAGUCUCUGGCAAGUACAUACAAGCUGAACACGAGGUUCUUCACAUCUGAAUUGGUGGAAUUAACAACAAUUUAGUGACACAUGUAAGAAGGUUAAUUAUAGUUUUUAGUUACAUAAAUGUGGCAAAAGGUUUGGUUGGCUUCUAGAAGACAGUGUAGUUAGGAGCUUAUUUAAGAACUAAUUUCUGGAUGAAAGGAACUAGGAUAGAAAGAGUAAUCAAUUACUCAUUGAGAACAAGUAAAUUUACAAUAAUUUUCACUAGGCCCUUAUAAGUAUUUGUCUAUUGGUGUUCUUUGAAUGUUUUUGGAUGGCAAAUUCUUUGUUAUUGUCCUGAAACAAUGCUAGAAAUCAUUUUCAAAUUAAUAAAAGAGAAUAUUUUAUUUUGAUUGCC